UAAGGUAAGAGGUUAAGGUAAUCCUUAUGACUUCCCUGUGGCGUUCUGUGUUACACUGAGACUUAGCUCGUUUCAGUUACUGCCAUGAAAAUGUAAGUGAAAUGUUUACACUUCUUUUCUUCUCAGCAACAACAUCCCAAAAGAAUGCCGAUCUUGACGCGGUGACCAGUAGAAUGGAGGUGCUGGUGGCCAGCAUUAAAAGAAGGUCCCAGCGCCUUUACAAAGACACCGAUGGCAGCAAAGGUCGGGCCCGGAUUCGGCGCAAAAUCAGAGAGGAGAAGGCCAUUCUUAGCUCUGUCGUUGAAAAAUACAACAGUACAGAUACAGAAAGAAUCGUCUUUGACAUCAUUCUCUCUGACGAGACAGUUUGGCCAUGGCAACUUUCACAUGGUGACGCUGUAGAUUUGAAAAUCAAGAGGAAGGCGUUUGAUGUUGUGAUGGCAAUAAGGAGACUUGAGGAGGAGAAGAAGAUUGUUCUUUCUGAGAUGGCAAAGCAUUGGAAAUCUCUCUCCACUCGUGCAGACACACUCAAGGAGAUGUCAUCCCAGCUUUCCAGUGAGGCAUUGCAAAGUGAGCUGUGGGCUCUAAAUGAAGAAGGGUUCAAGGGUUUCCUCACCUUAACUUUGAGAAAGAAGCAAGAAGUCACCAGAAUGAUGAAGCAUGCAAGAGACUGCUAUGCUCAAGUUUUGACUGGAACAAGUAUGGACUUCCAGAAUGAUUGGGAUGGAUACGACAGUGAUUCUGAACUGUCAGAUUGAGGACUGUCAGUUUGAGGAGCUCUCGAAGUGAUAAAUGACCAGUUAUUCACUUUU